GAAACUACUAGCAACCUUUUGUUUAUCAUGUCGGAAAUAGAAGCACCCAGACUCUUAGAGCUGGAUCAGAUAAUCAACAUCUUGAACAACGAUGGUAGUUUGGACUUGUUAUUGAAUAGAUUAAAGAAAAGUGUCACCACUGGAGAGGAGUUCUCAAAGUACAUCAAGAAGAAAGCCAUCAUAGAGGACGACCAUUAUUCUCAACUAAAGAAGUUUGGCAGUCAAUCCAGGCAGGCACUUAAGAAUCCUUCGAAGUUGAAGGAGGACUCGUUCAGUGAUAAGUUGGACAAGAUCAUUGAAUUUGACGAGAAACUAUACGGGGUUGGAUCUUCCUACGUGACUGCUUUAAACGUCAUGUACGAUGAAUUAACGUCUUUGAUUGCUGCCGUCAUCAGAUCAAGAAAGCAGAUCAAAGAAGAAGGUAAGCGGAAAGAAAAGGAUUGUCAGGAUUCUAUUCAAGCUGCUGAAAAGGCCAAAAUGAAGUAUAAUCACUUGUGUGAUGAUUUGGACAAGCUCAAGAACGGUGACCCCAAGAAGACCUUUUCUUUGAAGAAUAAGAGUUAUGAGCAACAAGAAGACGACUUACAAAGGAAAGUCGACUUGGCGGAUCAAGAUUAUAGAUCCAAAGUGGCUACCUGUAAGAAAUUAAAGGAUGAAAUCUUGAUGGUAUACAGACCCACUCACACUAAGAAAUUAAAGAACUUGGUUUUAGAAAUGGACAUUGCCAUGAAUGUUCAAUUGCAAAAAUUGGCCACUUGGAACGAGACCUUGAUCAUGAAUUCUGGAGUCUUGGUGGCCCCUUUAACAUCGUCAAAACCCUCAAUGAAGGAGCUUGCUAACGCAGUUGAUAAUGAGAAGGACCUUUACAAUUACAUCCUCCGAAGUGAGAAGGAGUUUGCUCAAAACAGGUCUUCUUUGGUGCCAAUUGAGUAUAAGGUCCAUCCAUCCUUGGCCAAGUAUGAACCACCCAAGUCCAACAAACCAUUCUUAAACAACUCGAACCCUAAAAAUGUAUCGAAUAUGGCUCUCCCACCUGUUUCUACAGCCUUAUAUGAAUCAACCAGCAGCUCGGGUAGUAACACCAAUUAUGCCAACAACUCCGUAAACGAUUCCGGAUUAUCCACUUCUGGGUCAGGAAAUGUAAAUAACUCAUAUGGAGCUCCACGUCUGCCAAGCGGUGUUAGCGAUGCCCAGACUGCACUCACCUACAACUCAUUAGAUCCAAACAGUCAGCCAAAUACACCAGAGCUAAAUGGAGUGAAAUCAUUGAGUCAAGUGUCGCAUGCUAAUCUUGGUAGUAGUACUUCUUCCAAUAGUCAACCUACCUUUGGAGUAUCUAUUGAAGAAUUGAUCAACUUUGCAGGAAUUGAUAAUGUUCCUUUGGUGGUAAAAAAGUGUAUUGAAGUUAUUGAAACGCAUGGUUUGGAAUUGGAAGGUAUAUACAGAAAGAGUGGAAAUGUUUCCAUUGUACAGAACUUGAGAGAAUCUAUUGACAAAAAGUUCACCAAUUAUUUAUUGAUAGGCAACAACAUUGAUCCAACCAAUGUGAUAGACACAGACAUUUACUGUAUUGCAUCCUUAUUGAAGUUGUAUUUUGCCAGCUUACCAGAACCAUUAUUGACAGAAGAAUUCUACCAAUCAUUCAUAGAGACUGUUAAGUCGCUAGAUGAAAACUUUAUCGCCAAAAAAUUGCACCAUUUGGUGUACAACUUACCAGAUGGAGCCUAUUUCACCUUACGAGCAUUAAUAUUCCAUUUGAAUACAGUUGCAUCCAAAUCGGACACCAACCGAAUGACAGUUAAGAACUUGGCCAUUAUUUGGGGCCCAGCUAUUUUGAACGAUAACUCAAUGAACCCCCAAGACUUGAGCUACAAGAGUAAGGUUGUGGAAGAAUUGAUGUUGAUUGCUAAUGACAUCUUUGAUACAGAAGACUAAGACCAGCUAAAUAUGCAGUUUAUGUAACAACUAUUAAUACAUUAAAUGAAACCCUUUUUUGGGUGCCUCGUUGGUGGAACCUGCCGACGUGCUACUAUUACCAGACGAAUUCCCCUCUUUAUUGGUGCUGGAAUUUCUCGACGUGUUUACACUGUUGUAUUUGAAUCUAGGAGCUUUGGUUACUUUGUUUGGACGGUAACUAGAUCUCUCUUUAUCUGAAUUAUGAAUCUCCUUAUCCUUUUGUAGUUGAGCUUUCUUUUGCUGCUCUUGUUGAUGCUCUUCUUCAAGUAUCCUAUUGAAUUCCUCGUCGGUAAUGCCCUCCUCUCUCCUCUUCACUUCCUUCAACUCCUUCCUCAACAACUCGUGGAACUCAGGGGAAUCAAUGAUCUUUUCUUGGAUGUCUUUAUCCACAAUACUUAGCAAGCUUGUCAGAUCCUUGGAAUUGUGUUCACUCAUGAUUUCUCCCUGGAUUAAUGCUGCCAUCUUUCCCUUAUUCUUCAUUAGUAUAUCAGGAUUAUUCUUCACCUUGCUCUCAACCAUUAGCUUCAAUUUUAACAACAAGUUUGAGUGCGUUUCCGACGACUUAAAAUUCUCCAACAACGUUUUCCUCUGCUUGUCGAAUGCUCCUCGCUUCUUGUAUACCCCCGUGAGGGCUUUGGGGUCGGUUAUCUUCGGUAUUUCUUGUCCAGACAUCUAAAUUGCAAUCUGUA